AUGAUCAAGCUCGACUUCUGGCUCAUUGGACCUCUGUGCCACGUUGAAUAUCGUUUGAUCGAGAUAGCGUUGCUGUUUCUCAGCCAAUUCAACGUCAGUGAGAACGUGACCCCUCUGAUUUCCUUCUUCAUUCCCUGGGGUAUCGCUAUGUCCUGGACUCCAAUGGAGCUCCAGGUGGAUGUCCUUUUGGGCCAAAAGCUGAAGCUGUGA